GAAGCAUGACAACAUGAAACACCAAUUCAUUAUUAGCCCUGCUUUCACUAUCUCUUUCUCUCUCACACACACACACACACACACAUUUCUAGGGGCUGGCUCCCCUCCAGUCCAGAACUCCAAACCAGGUUUUAGCUGAUUACCAAAAGAGGGUCUUCAGGAAUCAACAAGUCCACAGGAGGAAAGUUUUUUUCAACCCAAAAAGAGAGAAAACAACGGAAGAAAAGAAAGGAGAGGAGUUGUCUGGGGAGUGGCAAGGGGCGUAAGUGGGUGGCUAACACCGAACAGACCACCAGAGACCCGAGUGAUGUUAAUGCGAGCCAAGCUGGAGCAAAGACAGAUCAGAACACCAACUGCAGUUUUGCCUUUUACGGUCCAGAAAUCGCGCUGUUCAUCCUUUUAAGAAUGAUGAAGAUGCAAAUCAUCGAGUGUAUCUAACGCACUAUCCAGGACCUGCCUCUCCUUUGCGCUGUCUUUGUGUGGAAGUGAGAGUGAGCAUGCCCCCGGGGGAAUGUGUGGCGCUCCCUCCGUGACCCUGCGCGCGUCCAGAUGUUUAGCCUUUUACUGACGGCCUCUGACAGAAUAAUAGCGGCAACCGAGUGGAGGGCAGCUGUAACCGUGUUCCACACCGAGGAUAGACUUUCUGUCGAAGGAAACGAUGUCAAGUUAAUCAUAGCAAACGCUUUGUCACACUUUAGGUAAUCAAGGUAAUAUAGAUUUGGAUUACUUUUAUGACAGAGUUGUAAGCAGUCUAAUUGCUGCCCGGGAAUGGAUUAUAUGUGGUUGAAGACCGUCCUAUGCCUGGAGAUAAGUGUGUGUGUUCUGUGGAGUGUUUCAGCGUCCCUACAGACCCAUUCCAGCCGGAACCACGAGAAUGUGAUGGACCUCCUGGCUGCUCUUAACAUGUCCCAUCCUAUCAAGGGAGUAUCUAAGACCGAGGGAAUGGAACCUGGAACUGUCGCUUUUAAAUUCCGCAUGCGUGCCCCCCACCUGACUCUCCCUCACCAAUACUCCCAAUCUCUGGCUUCCACACUACAAAGCAGCAUGGGGGUGUACCUAGUGGGGCGUCAGACGGAAAACUCCUCUGCCACCCUGCUCUCCUUCUCCUCCUCCUCUUCCUCCCUCCUCUUACAGCUCUCGUCGUCCACCCGCUCAAACUUCCUGCGUCUGGACUGCCAUGGCUGCCCGGGGCUCACCAGCGUGUUGUUCCCAGGAGGGAGCCCCUUCUUUGGGGGAGGCUGGGUGCGGGUGGCCCUGGUGCUGGAGCCCGAGCGCCUGGCUCUGUUUGUAGACUGUAGAGAAGCGGUGGUUUUGUGGAGGAGAGGAGGAGAGAGGAUCAAGCUGGAUCUACCCUCAGAUCUGGUCGUCACACUAGCCAGCACACAAGGGGACAGCCACAGCAGGUUUACUGGAUAUUUGCAGACGGCUGAGAUCUCCACCAGGCCCUAUCAGAAGCGUCCGUGGACCUGUGACAAUGUAACAGACAGUUGGAGUGAGAGGGGGCGAGGCCCCCAACAGGAGGUUGUCGAGGGCCAAUCCCAGCUCCAUCCCCUGGAGGCCAAGGAGCCCCAGGGUGACCAGCCCCAGAGAGGUGUGGUCCUGGGGCCUCCUGCACCCCCUCAAGUGGGGCUGCCUAGCCCCCAGGCCGUGGGCGAGGAGAGGCUGAAGGGGCUGGAGGAGAGGCUGGAGGGGCUGACUCGAAUGCUGGAUAUGGUCAAGGCCCAGAAUGUUUACCUGGAGGCGCGCGUGCAGUACCUGGAGGGCUGUGAGUGUGCGAGACGGCGGUGUGUGUGGGAGGGGCGUGAGCUGGAGGAGGGGCAGCGUUGGGAGACCCACCUGAACACUGUGUGUACCUGCACAUCAGGACAGGUCAUCUGUGAGGCUACCACCCAGGCCCCUCCCCUAGACGCUUGUACGUCCUCGCCCUGCCGCAACGGUGGGACGUGUCUGACCAAUGAAACCACAGGGUUCCACUGUUCCUGCCCCGGGCACACCACAGGACCUGUUUGUGAUAGGCUGCUGAGACAGGCUUGUUGGCAGCCCAGACCGCAGGGCAGCUGUGAGGGUCACAGGUCACCGCGGCAACGCUGGUCCUUCAACCCCACCUCUGGCCUUUGUGAGGACUUCCAAUACUGCACAGGAAACACCACCAACAACUUUCUGUCUCUCAGUGCCUGCCAAGAGCAGUGCCUGAUGGGAGCCUGCUGCUUCCGCCAGCCCAAACCUGGCAACCCUAUCAGCUACAAUGAACAGGACUAUGAUCGCCAUGGAUACAACGUGUCCAACCUAGAUGGCACUUUCAAGGAGUAUGGCUCCGAAUCCCAUGGUCAAGAAGAAGACAGUUUCCAUGGCAACACAGACUUGAACUUGACUUGGCUGGACCCUCAGAGAAAGAGAGACAGGAAGAGAAAGAAGGGUAGAAGAAGAGAGAGGCGCCUUGCCGGCAUGGAUUGCAUAGAGACAGAUGACGGCUUCUCCUACACUUGCGAGCACCUACCUCUGUUCAAGUGUCAGGCUCGGCUACGAGCCCUCCAGGGAGAGAGGGAGCCUGUGAGUUUCUCCCCUGGCAAGGAGUGCUCGGAGGCGGGCUGCGACGAGGGCUGCGGCUGCCUCUCUCAAGGCCGAGCUCGGAGGUACGGAGAAACCUUCAGGCAAGGCUGCGAGGAGUGCGUGUGCACCCAGGGCGGGAAGGUGGAGUGCACCUGCACGCAGGCGACGCAGAGGAAAGAGAUUCGCGACCUGACGCUAAGAGACAGGAAGCGCUAUCAGAGGGCCGUCAGGAUGCUCUGCUCCAGGCCAGGUGUGUGGGAGGGCUAUGCCCAGAUGAGAGCCGAGUUUGCCCCCCAGGCUGGAAACCACGCCUACUUCCUCCCCUGGCACCGCUACUUCCUCCGUCUGGUGGAACGUGAGCUCCAGUCCUUGUCGUCAUGCCAACUGGCUGUUCCCUACUUUGAGUGGACGGUCGACUCAGGCUCCCUGCUGUCUUCUGCUGCAUGGCAGGCUGGUCUCUUUGGAGGGGACGGGGCCCCUGGCUCCGACUGCGUCCCCCACCACCCCUUCCAAGGCAGGGCCUCGCGCUCCCGCUGGUCCCCCUGUCUCCGACGGAGCUUCAACACCUCGGUGUGGCUGCCAGACGCGAUAACCCUCCAGAAGCUGGUGAAUCAGGGAGACUUCCAGCUCUUCUCCCAGACCCUGCAGACCUUCUCUGGCCUCUUCAGACUCUGGCUGGGGGGCCACAUGGCCUCCCCCCUGGCUGCCUACGACCCCCUCUACCUCUCACACGCUGCCUUCCUGGACAAGCUGUGGACACAGUGGCAGGAGAGGCAUGGGCAUAGGCAUGGGCAUGUUUUGGAGAGGGGGAAGGCUCAUUUGCGUGGCCAGUACUCUGCCCGCCGGGGAAAUGUCCGUAUGAAACCAUUUGGCGUUUCCCCUAACGACGUGAUGUCAUCAAAGGAACAGCUGUGCGUGGUGUAUGUACCCAUAACCCUCGGCGCUCCCUGUAAUGUGACCGCCUCACAGAGACAACCCCAGCAAGGCCACAACACAGACGCCAGGCCGCACAACGAUAACAAACCGCCGUCUAAUUUCAACCAUGUCGGUUUGGACCAUCAUGGGUUCGACCACGGUGGCUAUGACGUCAGUGGUUUUGACAGCAGUGGCUGGGACCGCCAAGGUUAUGACCAGGAUGGUUUUGACCACGACCAUAUUGACAGAGAAGGAUAUGACGUUUCCGGGUACAACCGCUACGGGUUCAACCGCUCCAACCUCACGUGGUUUGGGAUGAGGUGGGACGGCACGUUUAUGACCAAGAGGGACAGAGAGGAUGGAGAGGGAGAAAAGGACGAGGAGAAAGAAGGCGAUAGAGAGGAGAGAAGAGAAGAACAGAGAGCCAAGGUCAUGUCAGAGCUCUUCGCGGAUGGCGGCUACAGCACUUACGCUUUUGACCCUUUUGGUUUGGACCGUGGCGGUUUCGAUGCGUUUGGGUUUCGACCAGACGGUUACGACAAAGACCACUGCAACUGGUUCUUUAAUGGACCACACUAUCUACGCUUCUACUUCCAUACCAUGCAACAGUUGAGCUCGACCAAUCCCCACUCUCUUAACCACAUCACACGUACCUGCCCCCCUAUCACCUCCCUUCCCGGGCACUGGCUCAGUCAGGAUUGGAUGGCUCUAGACCCUAAGCAAGGCUAUGCUCUCAUUGGUCAGCCACAGAGGGAGUGGGUAGAAGCGAAACCUCCUAAAGGCAAUCCAUCCAUGGUGACAUCACCAAGGCCAGUGGAUGUCUGGCUGCCUAUCACCCCUGACCGCAGGUUUUGUUUUGAGCUGCACUGGUUUUCCGGCUGUCCUCUUGGCUCCGCCCCGGUGACCUGUCCUGAACUUUGCCGAGAGGCCCGUUGCCGUGGUUACCGCGAGGCGGAAUGCCGUGUGCGUAGCUGCGGUUCCUGCUUCAUAGAGUGGUUGGAUCCAAUCAGCGGCAGCCAUGUCAUAUGUCAGGACUGGUGUUGUCAUGUGGACGGCCAGCCCCAUAAUACCUCCUUCAACACCAUCGACGGUUGUCAGACCUGCGACUGCAACGGUGGUAAUAAGCGGUGCUCCACCCCGCCCUGCCCCUCGCUCGACUGCGGGGAACAGGAGACGCCCCCUGGAGAGUGCUGCCCUCGCUGCAGGGGAUGUGUCCAUACCGGCAUCAGGUACGACCACGGGGCCAGGUGGAGACCGGUGGAGAGCCUGUGCAGUGUCUGUGACUGCGAGGAGGGUCGUGUUCGGUGUGAAAAGGAGCAGUGUCGCCCCACCUGUAAGAACCCCGCCUCCCCGCCCCCCGACUCCUGUUGUCCUGUCUGCCAUGGCUGUGGGCUGAAUGGCCAUGACUUCCCCAAUGGAGCAGUGAUCCCAACAGGAGACCGCUGUCAGGAGUGUGUGUGUGUGAAUGGAGAUGUGGUGUGUUCCCCGCUCCACUGCCCCACCCCUGCUUGUCAAAACCCUGUGCAUCGCCCCGGAGACUGUUGCCCACGGUGUGAGCCGUGUGACUUUGACUCUCAGGUGUUCCUGGAUGGACAAACCUUCCCCUCCAGGACAGAUCCAUGCCUACGCUGCCAGUGUUUAGCCGGCCUGGUGUCGUGUGAGAGGGUGGACGCCUCGUGUCCCCCUCUGUCCUGCAGCCACCCAGCCAAGACCAGCGGACAAUGCUGCCCCACCUGUGACAGGUGUGAAUAUGAGAGGAGGCUGUUUGAUAACGGGCAGGUGUUCGUCCCAGCGGGCAGCGGGCCUUGUCUUCAGUGCAGGUGCAAGGAUGGCUACGUGAGGUGUCACGAGGAGAGGUGUCCGCCAGCGCUGUGCUCCAACCCUGUCAGAGACCCUCAGCGCUGCUGCCCCAUCUGCAAAGUGUGUGUGUCGGAGGGGGUGGAGUAUGAAGAGGACUCCCACUGGCAGCCAGAUGGCCCCUGCUCCACCUGCUCCUGUCAGGACGGCGAGGCGGUGUGCACGCACACGCAGUGUCCCCCGCUCGCCUGCCUACACCCCACCAGGAGCAAAGGCUCCUGUUGCGCUGUGUGCGAGAGCUGCUCGUUCAACCAGCGCAUCUAUCGAAACGGACAGAGCUUCUCCAACCCUGACAGACCCUGUCAGACCUGCAGCUGUGUGGAUGGUACAGUGAAGUGUGACAGAUCACCUUGCCCACCGAUGAACUGUUCGAACCCAAACACUCCUCACGGAGAGUGUUGCCCUAAAUGCCCGGACUGUUCCUUUGAGAAUCGCGUGUUUGUGGAUGGUGAGGCGUUCCCCAACCCUGUAAGUGCGUGUGAGGACUGUGUGUGUGAGGAAGGGCGGGUCCAAUGCCACCCCUCCCAAUGCCCCCGCCCUCACUGUAACGCCCCCCUCCCUGGAACCUGCUGUCAGAACAACUGCAACGGUUGUCGUUAUGCGGGAAAGGAGUACCCCAAUGGACAGGAGUUUCCACACCCUUCAGACAAGUGCAGGACAUGCCACUGCAUAAAUGGUAACGUUCAGUGUUUGAUGAAGAGGUGCCCCCCACUGCAGUGCUCCAACCCUUACAUGCAGCCUGGAGAGUGCUGCCCCCAGUGUCCAGCUCCCCCUUCAGAUUGUGUUUACGAGGGUGGACCGUACAGACACACACAGCGCUUCUAUGACCUCGCCGACACCUGCCGAUCAUGCCUGUGCACCAACGGGACUGUCCACUGCCAACGCAAGCCCUGCCCCCUGGCCACCUGCUCUCACCCAAUCACACAGGAGUGCUGUCGGACAUGUGAUGGCUGCCUGUACGAGGGCCAGGAACACGCCAACGGGGCGUCCUGGAGGGACGUGUCCGACCCGUGCGGAGUGUGUGUGUGUCGCGAGGGCUCCGUCCGCUGCGAGAAGAAGCCCUGUCCACAAGUCCCCUGUGCCUUCCCCGUGCAGGGCGAGUGCUGCAUGGAAUGUCGUGGCUGUCUGUUCCAUGGUCAACUGCUUCCCGACAGUUUUGAGUUUGUCUCUGAGGAGGACCCCUGUUCUGUUUGCUCCUGCGACCGAGGGGACGUCCACUGCACUGAGCUGUACUGCUACAGCCAAUGCACACACCCCUACAGGCCUGCCGGAAGCUGCUGUGGGGAGUGUAAUCGCUGUUUCCAUAACAACGUGAUCCUCACCAGUGGUCAGUCCAUCACUGACCCCAGUAACCCCUGCUCAGAGUGCACCUGCCAGGUAACACACACAUAUACACUUACAUUUACACAAACACACACACACCACACAAAUGAUAGAUCACCAGCAUUGACGGGGGAGUCAGGUGAUGUGAUGCCUGACGGGGAACAGCACCUGAGGUGUUAUCGUAAGCAGUGCCCCAGCCUGGUGGACUGUCCCAAGAACAACAUCUUGCUGUCUGGGAGCGACACCUGCUGCCCUGUCUGCGCCCAGCCCCUUAGUAACUGCACAGCCACACUGAUUGGAAACGAGGUCCUGGCCACAGAUGACCCAUGCUUCACCUGCCAGUGCAAGGACCUGACGUGGACAUGUCUUCACCAGGGCUGCCUGCCGCUUAACUGUCCCCCCGAUGAGCAGUUCACCCCCCCAGACUCCUGCUGUCCUGUGUGUGAUGAGUGCGUGCUGGAGGGAGGCAGCAAGCGUGUGUCCAAUGGAGAGAGCUGGACUGACAUCGAGGACGAGUGCAUCACGUGCACCUGCAACCUGGGCUAUGUGGAGUGCAGCAUCACGGAGUGUGCGUCCACCGUGUGUCGGGACGGCCUGGUGAGAGUGAAGACUCCUGGGAAAUGCUGCUAUGAAUGCCAAGACUCGAGCGUGCCGUGUGUGUACCAGGGCUCAGUCUUCCUGUCCAGUGAGCAGUGGGAAGUGGAUGAGUGCACCAGCUGCACCUGCGUGUCUGGAGACGUGCACUGUCACAGCGAGCGCUGCCCCCCCACCGCCUGUAGACCAGAUGAGACCCCUGCGGUGGUCCCAGGUGUGUGUUGUCCCCACUGCCUGCCCCGGCCAGCCACCUGCAUAGCAUUCGGCGACCCCCACUACCGCACGUUUGAUGGACGCAUGCUGCACUUCCAGGGGGCGUGCACCUACGUGCUGGCGCAGGACUGUGAAGGCGGGGACUUUAGUAUCCAUACGACUAAUGAUGACCGCGGCCGUAAGGGAGUAUCCUGGACCAAGGAAGUGACCGUCUUUAUAGGAGAUGUUGUGGUGCAGCUACUCCAGGACUGGAUAGUGAAGGUCAACUAUGAGGCGGUGACCCUGCCCUUCCUCAGAGAACCCUACAUCUACAUAGAGCGCCAGACCAACACCAUCCUGCUCAACACCAACAUUGGCCUCAAGGUGUUGUGGAGUGGUCGUUCUCACCUGGAGGUGAGCCUUCCUGGCUCCUACAAGAAUCACACCUGCGGCCUCUGUGGCAACUUCAACAACUACCCUCAAGACGACCUCCGCACCCCCAGCCGACAGAUCAGCCAAUCAGAGGCCGCCUUCGGGAACAGCUGGAAGGUGGAAGGUAGCAACCAUAGCCUAUCCUCCUGUCGCCAUGGAGAAGAUGUCAACCCCUGUAAGGACGCGGGCUACCAAGCCAGGAAGGGAGCGAACGCCCGCUGCAAGGUCCUAAAGUCCUCGGCGUUCACGCCGUGCCACCGCGUGCUGCCCCCGGAGGCCUGGUACGGAGCCUGCGUGUAUGACCUGUGUGCCUGCGGGGCCAACGCUGACGAGUGUCUGUGCGACACUCUGGAGGCCUACGCUGGCCAGUGCAGAGAGGCCGGGGUCAUACUGCAGUGGAGGGGCCCGUCAUUGUGUGCGGUGGGGUGUCCUGUGGAGAGGGGCUUUGUGUUUGACGAGUGCGGCCCCCCAUGCCCGGUGACCUGUUUUAACAAGAAUGUGCCACUAGGGGUGAUAGAGAGCCACUGCUUCAAGCCCUGUGUGCCAGGCUGCCAGUGUCCUGCUGGCCUGGUCCUGCACAACGGCUAUUGUAUACCAGCAGAGAAUUGUCCAAAGAUUAUUCAUGGCAACCCCUAACACACACACUCAUACACACACCUUUCAAAUUUACUGUAACUAACGUACUGUACCUCCCCAGCCUACCUACUUCAGCAUGUGCUAAUUACGGGAGCCGUUGAGGAUAUUGGGACUGACAGAAAAUAUAUAUUUGGUUGUUUUUUUUAUAAAUGUUAUGAAUAAAAUGUUAAUGUUAAGAUAUGAAUUAUUAUUCGGUGCCUUGUGUGCAAUAACAGAGGUGUUAUUAUUAUGCUUUGUUGGUGGGAUUUCACUUCAUGUUCUUCUGUCCUUCUAAAAAUAAAAGUUUCACAAAUUUGGUGCUAAA